AUGCGAUGGGUUCGAAUUGCGCGCGCUGGCCGCCCCCGCCCGGCAAAGGGAUCGAUCAGGCGCAUCUCACUCCUCGCGGAGCACAGGCCACCGAUCGCGGCAGUCCGCGCGAAGCUAGCGGGCGUGAUCGACUACCUCAGAGACGAGAGGAAUUGCGUCGACUUCGACGCGAUCAAGAGCGCGCUCGUCCUGUGCAGCGAUUGCAAAUCCCUGCCCGAUGGCCGCUUCGUGCACUCCCGGAUCGUGGCGCUCAAGCUCGAGGGCGAGCGCAGCCUCUCCUCCUUCCUCAUCUUCAUGUACGCCAAGUGUGGCGAUCCCGACGCGGCGCUGGCCGUCUUCGCCAAGAUCAAGGAGCUCAACCAGGCCUGCUGGAAUGGGCUUCUCACGGCUUUCAUCCUCAAUGGCCGAUCCAAGCAGGCGAUCCAUCUCUUCCGCGUGAUGCAGCUCGAGGGAACCGCGCCCAAUCGAUCCACCUUCGUCACGACCUUCAAUGCGUGCACUCGAAUCGGCUCCAUCGCCACUGCCAAGGGCAUCUACGCCACGAUCGCCCACCUCGCAGCGGUGUGUAGCGCCGAUCUCCACAACGCGCUGCUCAACACCUACUGCAAGCUUGGAUCUCUCGCCGACGCCAUCGCCCUUUUCGCCGAGAUCGUGGAGAAGAACGUUGUGUCGUGGACACUGCUCGUCUCGGCAUUUGCCCAGCACGGGCAUUUGGAUCUCGCGAUCGUUUCGCUCCAGCGGAUGCACCACGAAGGGAUCCAGCCCAACCGGAUCACCUUCCUGGCUGUUCUUGACGCUUGCAUCGGCGAGAGGGAGCUCGUUAUCGGUAGAACGAUCCACCGGAGCUUGAUCGACGCUGCGAUGGACAAGGAGGUCUCGGUGGCGACGUGCCUUGUGGACAUGUACACGAAGUGUGGGAGCCUGGACGAAGCUAGAGCGGUGUUUGAUGGCAUGGGCGCCAUCGCCGACGUGAUCACUUGGACUGCGAUGAUCUCGGCCUACGUCAAGAGCGAUCAAGCACGAGAAGCGCUGCGGCUCUUCCGGAUGAUGCAACUGGAUGGAGUGAAGCCCAACUGCGUCACCUGUUUGAUCUGUCUCAACGCCUGCGCCAGCCUCACGGAUCUCCGAGAGGGGCGAUUCAUCCACGAGAAGAUCACGCAGAGUGGAUUCCAGGAGAUCAAUCUCAACGUUGGAAACGCGCUCGUCGACAUGUAUGGCACCUGUGGGAACCUCGCGGUUGCCAAGUCGGUGUUUGAUCAGAUGCUCGAGAAGGACAAGGCGACUUGGAACUCGCUCAUCGGAUCUUUCUCGCAGUUUAGCGAGAGCUCGUCGACGCUGGAGCUCUUCUUCGCCAUGCAGCUCGAGGGUGUCUACCCCGACGCGAUAACUUUCGUGGGAGUUCUCUUCGCUUGCAACUCCGCCGGGAUGCUGGCUGACGGACACCAGUUCUACGUCUCCAUGCUCCUCGACUUUGGCAUCGAGUGUCGGUUCCAGCACUGUGGAUGCAUCCUCGAUCUGCUGGCCAGAGUUGGAUGGCUCGACUUCGCCGAGGAGUACGUGAGGACGAUGCCGUUUUAUCCCGAUGACAAGAAGUGGAUGACGCUGCUCGGCUCGUGUAAGAUCCAUGGCGACAUCCACCGCGCCGAGAGAGCGGCACAAGGAUCGAUAGAGCUCACUCCGGGCGACUCGUCGCCAUACGUUGUCCUGUGCAACGUUUACGUGAGCGAAGAACUUGACGAGAUGGCUGCUGCUGCUGGCUGA